AUGCUUCAGCCAGAAAGGCAGAAGAACCCCAAUCGAUGCAGACCCAAAUCUAAAGGAGGUUGCCUUCGAUGCAAGCAACGGCGACGCAGAUGUGAUGAGACAAAGCCCAGCUGCCAGGAAUGCUCGAGAAAGGGGUUCAGCUGCCCUGGCUAUCAGAAGAAACCUCUUGAAUGGCGAUACGUCUUCAAAGAGGAAGAGCAGCAAGAUAAAGACCAGGUAGUUCUCUCGUCUCCAGAAGAACUUCCAUCCUCAACUUUGUCAGAACAGGAGAAUUCAACCACCAAACGUAGCCAAACCAUCGACGCGGGCCACGCGAAAGAGUUGCAGGAACUCUGGGACGGCGCAAGUUCAACGCUAUUUGAUCAACUGCCGGACAUCGAUCCAUCUGUUGGUAGAUGCUAUAAACUCGAUUCAUUGCCAAACAAUGCAGCGACUAUCAAAGAUGCAGCAGACACGGAUGACAGUCUGGCGAUUCUGCGGCGACGAAUUGCGAACACACCCAUACCAUCCUUCCUGAUUCAACUGCCAGCCAUUUUGAUACAAUACUAUUUCGAUUAUGUGUGCAAGGCAUGGUCUUCUUUUGACUCCCCCUUGAACCCAUUCCGCCUCAUAGUUAGCCGUCUUUGGAGCCGGAAUGCGGCCAUCUACUAUGCGAUUCAAAGCAUGGCCGCGGCCUCACUGGCCAACGAUCUUCCGGGCAUGCGAACCAUUGGGAGACAGACCCAGCAGCAAGCCAUUGCCUGCCUGCGAAAUAACCCACGCAUUGGUACUUUACAUCGCGAUAACCAAGACGAUGAGUUAUUUUUGGCUCUUCUUAUGAUUGGAUUGACUACAGCAUGGCAUGAUGCUGCUGAUCUGGGGUUGGAAUACCUGAAGGAGGCAAAAGAUCAUCUCAACAAACAGCAGCAAAUGUGUCAAAGCCCUGAUUCACUCUUUGCUAAGCAGUAUCCAUUAUUUCAGCAGUGUCUCCUGUAUUGGAACAUGCUAGCUGCAUUUGUUGCGGAAGACUCUCUCCUUCUCAAUGAAGAAAGUGUCCUAGAGCGGCCUGAUCUGGAAACAUCUGUGUACCUCAUUGAUGGACAGACUCUUCCACAUCCCUGGACAGGCCCACUCUCCAAGGCACUAAGGUUGUUCUAUAAAACAGCCCGAGUUGUUCGAGCGGCCCGUAUCUGCCAUCGCACCCGAGUUGAUAACAUCGACUUGGCAACAUUUGAUUUCGACUAUCUAGUCGAAGAAAUUGAAUUGCGGCAGAAGGCCGAGCGCCUGGAGGAAGAUAUUUUAUUCACAGGUCUGUCAUCUUACUGUGGACCAGUAGACAUUGGUGAUACCAAUACGCCUCCAGCUCAUUUUAUAAUUCUGGCGGAGGCUUAUCGCUGUGCGGGUCUUCUACAGAUCUAUCAUGUCUUCCCAGACAUUCUUGAUGAUCGGCUGCGUCUCAACCAGAGACCUGAGGCAGAUACUCCAGCACUUUUCUCUGUCUUAUUCCCAGAAGAUUCCCCUGCCCAGUCCCCAGAAGAUAUGCGCCGCAUUUUAGCGCUGCACAUUGUGUCACUUCUUGACCAGCUUCCAUCCACAUCAGGAACACGCUUUAUGCAACUUGUGCUCCUGACUUGCAUUUCUAGCGAUCUUUUUUUUUCUAAUCAAUCGGUAUUCGGGCCGGGGGUGAACCCUCUCGCUUGCCUGAACACUCUGGACGUUGAUGUUGCCCAAGGAAGGCGGCGAGUCAAUACCCGAUUAUCAGAGCUUACCUUGAUUAUUCCCAAGUUACCCAUGCAACGUAUUUCGGGGAUUGUCCAUGAGGUUUGGGACAGGGCGGACUCGGGAUUGGGGAUAUACUGGCUUGACUUAAUGAUGGAAAGAAACCUUGAAACGAUAAUGGGAUAA